UUAUAAAAUAAAAAUGAUUGCUUGCAUAUUUUAAUUGAAUAUUAUAUUUAUAGUGCAUUAUCACAUAGAUUUCGAUGGGGUCUUACAUCAGAAAAUGCAAUAUAAUACCUUAUGCAAAUUGCUUAUAUAAGGUGAAAUGACUAACAUAAAUGUUCAAACAAACAUGAUGCAGUUUCAUGCACAUUUGCAUAGGUGCGUCUUGCAGAGAUCUUUAUGUCCUUACAUAUCGUUCGUCAUACAUAUUCCGACAAUUUAUUUUUCCAGGAAAGUUGUAAUGGGAAAAAUAAUUAAAAUGUCGUUAUUGCUAUAAUUGGAUGGAAAGAUUUAUUUCAGUGAAAAUCACCAAAUGUGUCUAUUUACCUAUAUAUGUACUACCAUCAGCUUCAUUUCAAGCGACACACAGGUCUCAAGAUGUUUCACAUACUCGUCAACUUUUUCGCCGUAUUUCUCCUUCUGAUUGUGGCUGCCAUUGAAUGUUCCAGGGAUUGGAAUUGGGAGUACGAAUGUUUCGGAAGAAAUUGUCCCACUCUCAGUCUCCCCGUGACGUACGAGGAGAGCAAGCUCGUGACGUGUAAUGGGACCGAGUCGCUGUUCAAGGACCCAAACGACUGUCACCGCUUCUACUACUGUCCCCCACGAGGAGAACAACCAACCGACCCUGAGACCAACAUCACUGCCAUUCACUACCAAUGUUCACAAGGGUACGGGUUCCACGAGGGCUGGGGUUACUGCGUCCCAGAACACAUGGUCAAAAACUGUUCCGCCAUUGACUGCCCGGCCUACAUCUACGACGGUGUCAUUCCCGACCCCAAAGACUGCACAGCGUUCUAUCGAUGCACCUAUGGCUUCGCGACACGAUACAAGUGUCCCAAGGGCUCCAUCUUUCAUGGGGAAAGCGGCCUCUGCCAGGACUAUCAAGAGCCGCCUCCUUGUCUCCAAAAUGACGAAUCAGAUGAGGGUGAAAGUUCUGAGAGUAGCGACAAUGAGUCGGACAGUGACACUACUUCGAGUGAUGACGAGGAUUUGGCAGUACAUUAUGACACCAACAGAUCACAACAAAUUAUGGCAUCACAGAUUUCGCCGACUCAGACAUCACCGGCCACGGCAGCGAAUUGGAAAUGGAAAAUUUGUACCAAUCACGAAGCAAAUGUAGAAGAAUUUGAUGAAACUGCAAGUGGUUUCAGUCACUCUCCCUCCUACCUUUCGUGAAUUAGAUACGUUCGAACUAAUGUUUUGCAAGGAAGCCGCUACAAUUUGUAUUGAACAGACAAAUUUAUAUGCAGAUCAAACUGGAAAUGCAGCAACAAAACGAUAUGGACGAUGGGAAGAAGUGAAAUAUGAGGAUAUUUUAAAGUUUUUUGCAAUUAGAAUAUUGAUGGGGAUCACACGCAAACCGGAAAUGAAACAUUAUUGGUCCAAAGACCCAAUGCUACAGAUGCCCAUCAUUCCUAAAAUUAUGUCGAAUGACCGUUACAUGGAUAUCCAAAGAUUUAUUCAUUUCUCUGAUAAUGAGGAGCAGAAUGAUGAUCGACUUCGGAAGAUCCGAACAAUUUGGGAGUUGGUCAUGUCCAAUUUCAGGACGCUUUUGCAGCCGGGCAAGUGUCUAUCUGUCGAUGAAACCUUAGUUUUGCAUAAAGGACGACUCCAUUUCCGCCAGUACAUUCCUAACAAAGCGUCUAAAUUUGGAAUCAAAACAUUCUCAAUUGUCGACGAGGGCACAAAAAUGAUCCUCAACUCUUUCAUUUAUUCUGGGAAGACACAGGACCUCAAUUUUUGUCGGAAAGAAUACGGAUAUGGUGGCGCCAUUGUUUUGCACCUCAUGAACCCUUACUUUGAAAAAUUUCACCAUGUUUAUUGUGAUAAUUGGUUUUCAAGUCCAAACCUUGCUCAGGAAUUAAUGAGAAGAAAAACAUAUCUCUGUGCAACUUUGCGAAAGAAUCGAAAAAAUACCGAUCCGCCCAAGAAAAUGAAGAAAGGGGAAGUGAUUGUGAAAUCAGCAAACGGUAUUAUGACCCAAUAUUGGAAGGAUAAAAAGAUGGUAUCAAUCAUCAGUACAAUUCAUGAUCAUCAAAUGCAAGAAGUGACUCUCCGUGGGACUGGCGCAAAAGUAUUAAAACCAACAUCAGUCUUGGACUACAACAAAUACGCACGAGGAAUUGAUCAAGGAGACAUGGUCAUGAGCACCUACAAUAUUCGAAGAAAAACUAAGAAGUGGCCCACAAAAAUGUUCUUGCACCUCAUUGACAUUUGUCUUUAUAAUGCACACAGAAUUUUUGUCAUCAAAACUCGGAGUACACUGACAUUUCUGGAAUUUCGUUUGCAGAUAACUCGCCAAAUUCUUCAGAAGUAUGGUCUUAAGGACAAAGUCGUUCCCUCCGCAAGCACAGAUUUGGAAAGAUUAACUGGUCGAAUACACUUUCCCUCAUUCAAUCCACCCACCAAGAAAAAACUUCAUGGAAGUCGAAAGUGUAAAGUAUGUGCGUCAAAGAAAGAGGCUAAGGACACGGUAUACCAAUGCAAUACAUGUAUAAUUCCACUCUGUGCUGUUCCAUGUUUUGAAUAAUUCAAAACAUGGAACAAAACAUUCCAAACAUGGAACCAGAAUUAUUUCAUACCAAAAAGAAUUAUUAAUGUUGUAAUAUUCAAACAAAAUUAGUUUCAUUGGAAUAUUUCAUUUUCAUCGCUAGAAAGUGUUCCCGUAUUUUCGUUAUUUGUGUUACAAAAUUAUUCCGUUCUAAGUUCAAUAAAUGUUGAACAUAUCUCCGUGCAACGCGAAACUUAAAAUAUAAUUCUGGCUGUUGGUCGUAAAACAAUAUCCCUGGUCGUCAUUUUUAAGAAUUUUUGAGCAGUUGCUAAGAAAUGGUGCAAAAUUUAGAGGAAUAAUUUCCUUGAAUUUACAUAAUUUACAGUGCAGACCCCAUAUAGCCCGAGCCAGGGACUUAGUCUCUGACCACUCCGAUAACCCCCAGUGGUCAACCACUUGACCGAUUUCGCCAAUCUUCAAACUCGUUUCCUAACUUUGUCCAAUAUGCAUAUGGUAAAAAUUUCAAGUCAAUCGGUUCAGUCGUUUUGGCUCUAUCGUGUUUUGGGACGGAUGGACGGACGGAAAUUAUGACGGUUCCUUAAGCCCUGACUCAGGCUAAAAAAUUACCGGCGAGAAACUGACGUUGAAAGCGAUCUAAUUCCAGUAAAUUAUUCCUCUAAAUAAUGCACCAUUUCUUAGCAACUGCUCAAAAAUUCUUAAAAACGACGACCAGGGAUAUUGUUUUACGACCAACAGGCAGAAUUAGUCCAUCAAG